AGCUUAUCACUUUUGAUGCAAAAAAAUAGAUAAAAUUAACCUUCUAGUAUUUUAUAUUUCUGCAAAAAUAGAGUAGACUUUAUUUUGCAUUAUGCCUCCUAUUUGCAAUAAAUCAGAGUUGGUGCAAAAUAUUUCUCAAACGUCUCAUAAUUCUUGGUGUUAUUUUGUACUUGGACAGAGAGGUUUUCUGUGUGAAGGUAUAUAAAUAGUCAACAGAGGUGUAGACUGCUCUGUUUUUUGUGCAGGCGACUGUCAAAGACUACAAAUCUGAUUGCAAAGUUUUACCUGCUAGAAAUAAAACCCUUUUUUGGGAUUAUGAAAAAGAUCAAAUCUUUGAUGUGUUGGAUCGUCAUCCUCUGCAUAUUUAGCUUAAAUUUGUGGUGCAAUGGAGAGGCUGAGAGCGAGGCAGCUCCAAUGAAGAGCGGGGAGAAAGCAGCUCUGUAUUCUACUAUUCAAACUUUCGUGGGCAAAUGGUGGAAUGGUUCGGAUCUUUAUCCGGAUCCUUGUGGUUGGACUCCCAUUGAGGGUGUUUCAUGCGAUCUGUUUGAUGGAUUUUGGUAUGUGACAGAGUUAAGCAUAGGAUCUCUUCAUGAAAACUCCCUAAAUUGCGCUCAAUGCGCUGAUUUCAGCCCUCAUCUCUUUGCACUAAGCCACCUGAAAUCUCUCUUAUUCUUCAACUGCUUCACGGCGUUGCGCCGCCGCCCUAUCUCAAUCCCUGCUCGGAGUUGGGGAGCUCUCGGCCCAAGCUUGGAGUCGCUGGAGUUCCGGUCAAACCCCGGGCUAACGGGGCGAAUCCCGCCUUCUCUCGGGGAGCUCAAGAGUCUCAAAUCAAUGGUGAUGGUGGAGAAUGGACUGAGUGGUGAAUUGCAUCCAUUCAUAGGCAAUUUGAAGGAAUUGGAGCGUUUGAAUCUUGCUGGGAAUUCAUUUGUAGGCCAAAUACCCCAUAGCUUGGUAGGGCUAAAGCAAUUGUUGAUUCUUGAUUUGAGCAGGAAUUUACUAUCUGGCCCUUUGACAUUGAGUUUUGGAGGGAUGGUCCCACUCUUGAAGCUUGAUUUGAGCUACAACAAACUGCAGGGGAAUAUCCCAGAAAGUCUUGGGAACUUGAAGAAUUUGACACUUUUAGAUCUCAGCAACAACAGAUUGAGAGGUGGGAUCACUAAAUCACUAGAGAAUUUGGAGUUCUUGCAAGAACUAGUCCUCUCAAACAACCCCAUUGGAGGUGGGCUAAUGGAGCUCCAGUGGGAGAGAAUGACGAGCCUAGCUGCGCUUGAGCUUUCGAACGCAAGCCUGACAGGUGGCAUUCCAGAGUCGAUGGCCCGUCUCCGGGGGCUGAGGUUUCUGGGGCUCAACAAUAACAUGCUGACAGGGGAGAUCCCUUCAAGUCUUGCAAGUUUGCCUAAUGUUGGUGCAAUGUAUCUUCAUGGUAAUAAUUUGACAGGGGAGCUUGAAUUCUCUGCUUUGUUUUACGGCAAAAUGGGGAGAAGAUUUGGUGCAUGGGAUAAUCCAAAUCUUUGCUACCGUGUGCAGGCAAAUUAUGUGCCUAAAGGGGUGAAACAAUGCCAAAAGGAUGUGAUGAGAUUUCUCAAGUUUGGUGAUUCCAAACCUCUUGUUUCAUUAGGAUCACCACUAUUAGUAUCAUCUUGUGUUAGGAACUUGGUUUUUGUUAUGUUUAUAGUUUUCAAUUUCAUGUAAUCUGUAGAUAUAGUUAUUGAGGGGAUGAUCAUGAUAGACUUAGUAGUAAUAUGGUAGGAUUUGAGUUAUGUCCUAUUUUAAGGUUGAGGUCAUAUAUUAUGAUGGAAUGAAGAGAUGAUUGGCAAAA